AUGCACAUCUUUAGUGAUCAGACAUGGCGUGGACGACAAGGAUCGAUUUUGCAUGACAGUAUUUAUAAUGGUGAGAUGAUCGAUGCCCGGUAUGAUCGUCCCGAUUGGUCUACAGUCGAUUUUCACGAUCGACUGUCUCUCUGGCUUACACCUGAGAUAAUGCCGUCGCCAAUCAAUACGACAUCGAAAGGACAAUAUACGUUUCAAGAUAUGCCACCAAUACGUGUCGGAGAUGACGCUUUACAUUUUGAAAUCGAUACAUCAUCAAUAAGUAUGGAUGGAAUACAAGGUGCAUCACUCUACAACGGUGGGGUUUUGAGGCCAAUUAGUGUAUCGACACCGGUGUCGGGCGUUCAUAUAUUUGAUCUAGGGCAAAAUAUGGUUGGCUGGUGCCGUAUUCGAUUUCAUGGUUCACGUGGUAUUAGUGUUCAAGUUCGUCACGCCGAAAUCUUAACCCAACCGGUAAUUUCGACCGGAAAAUCAUCUGAGCAGCUCUAUGUAGAAAAUCUUCGCAGUGCAACACAAACUGACACGUACAUACUGCGAGGUGAUCCCAAUGGUGAAUUGUAUGAGCCACGAUUUACUGUGCAUGGUUUUCGUUAUGUAUCAGUUUUUGGUUCACCAAAUCCAUUAGCAAUCAAUGAUAUUGAAUGUUUUGUUGUUCAUAGCGAGACAACCCUCAUAGGAUAUUUCUCGUCUAGCAAUACAGUUAUCAACCAAAUUCAACAUAAUAUUCAAUGGGGUCAGUUGAAUAACUUAAUGUCAAUACCUACUGAUUGUCCACAGCGUGAUGAACGGAAAGGAUGGUUAGGUGAUGCAGCGCUAUCAAUCGAUGAAGCAUUGUACAAUUUUGAUUUGAUGAGAUUCUAUGUUAAUUUUCUGAAUUUAAUUGUUGACAUUCAACAUACCGAUGGUUCAAUUCCAGACACGGUUCCAUUUACAUCUGGAAGUUAUCCAUCUGAUCCCAAUUGGGGUACUGCUCUACCGACAAUCGUAUGGCAAUUGUAUCGUCAUUAUCAUGAUCGUGAUGUACUUCAAAAUUACUAUAAAAGCAUUCGCGCAUAUAUCGAAUCCGUUCGUGCGGGUUAUAAUGAAACAGGUUUGAUUAAACUGGAUUAUCAUUACGGAGAUUGGGUUCCACCACCACCACAGUCAAUGACUGAUGUACAUUUGAUUUCUUCGUAUGCUUUUCUGCAUGAUAUCUUUGUUCUGAUUAACAUUUCUCAAAUUCUUGGUAUGAACGAAGAUGCGAAGAUCUAUUCCGAUCUGUAUCAGCAGUUAGCAGAAGAAUUCCAUCGUGUAUUUUACACAUCAACAGCGGGUUAUUAUGCGGAUGGUAUGCAGGCAGCACAGAUUCUUGCAUUAGCUUUACCAAAUGUCGUACCGAUUGAUAUAAGAGAACAUGUUGUUCAAUAUCUUGUUAAAAAUAUUCAUGAUCAAGGAAAACAUCUCACGACUGGAAUUAUUUCAACUGCUCAAUUAUUUCGUGUUCUAUCCGACAAUGGGUAUCACGACUUAAGCUUAGAAUUGAUUUCGUCGAUAUCCUAUCCAUCUUAUGGAUAUAUGUUCAAUAAUCCGUACGAAAAUGCAACGACUCUAUGGGAACUCUGGGAUGCACCAUUCGAAGGAGCAGGAAUGAACUCACGAAAUCAUAUCAUGUUCGGCAGCGUUGGCAGCUGGUUCUAUUCACAUUUAGUUGGAAUCGAUUAUCAAUCAGAUUUGAUUAUCAUCCGACCACGCAUGGUAUCUGAAAGAAAGAAAUACCUUCUAGAUCGAGUUGCUUGUCAAUUGAGUACAUUGUAUGGACUGAUCCAUAUUUCAUAUACACGGAACGAGAAUGACACAUUUGCUAAUUCCAUUUUACUUCGAAUUACCAUUCCAUCGAAUACGAGAUCAAAACUAAUAUUUGAACCGCUAUUUCCCCAUGCUCGAUGUGUCAUGUUGACCGAAGGCGACCGAGUUAUUUGGCACGAUGCACUGGAUGCAGUAGUGGAUAAAGACGAAACUGUGUUCUAUGAUUCUAAUAAGCAACUGCUGACUGUGCAAACCAAUUCAGGACAUUAUGAAUAUCAAGCAUUCUGGAUUUAA